AUCAAACAUCUCCAAGACGUCACUCUAUCCUAAAUUUUACAUUUUCGCGAAUAUAUUUAACUAAGAGAAUUCUCAGGUUAAAGAUGAGUUUAUGCGUCAAAGAAUUACAAAUGGAGUGCAUAGUGGGAAGAUUAUGGCUGAAGGUUUGGUAUAUUGUGACGCGAAUUUAAGUUGUGUGGGUGAGGCGCAGCUAACAUGAGCCAUAGCCAGCAGCUGAUCACACACAGAUGAUGCGUAUAUCAGUAUUUUGGCCCGUGUGAGCGUUUAUAUAUCACUGGUGGACCCCAGGAUUGUUAUAAUGCAAGAACAUAGUAGCUUUCGACUCGGUGGGUGACUAGAAAUCGAAAUGCCCCGGGCAGUGGCGCUAUAUAACGGUGAUAAUGCUAUAGAGGACUCUCUGAGGCAGAGAGACGGUGUGACGGCCCUGAGGGGAGGUGAAGCUUGUAAUAUACUGUCGUCUGUGACCACUUCUCAAAACAGCGACAACAAACUGACCAUGGCGGUAGAAUUUGAUCACAUGUAUAUAGGCUGCUCGGACUCGAAAGCAUCUAUUGGGAAAGAUAUAGAAGUGCAACAUCUCAAAGAUCUCCUCCUUCUACAUUUGGAUUUAAUUCAGCAGCAAGCUGAGCAGUUAGUAGCCAAAGACAAGCAAAUCAAGACUUUAAGAGACGAAAAUGAAAAU